CAUUUUAAAGACCUGAUCCGUCUGCGGCGGACGGCCGAGUGGCCCCGCUCCACGUUGGACACGGAGUCCAGCACAGCCAAAGAAGCCCCAGAAGUAGAGCCCCUGCCCUUCACCCUGUCCCAUGAGCGCUGCAUCUCUGUGGUGCAGAAGCUGGCCCUCUUCCUCCUCUCCAUGGACUUCACCUGCCACGCCGACCUGCUGCUGUUUGUCUGCAAGGUCCUUGCUAGAAUAGCCAAUGCCACAAGACCCAUGAUCCACCUGUGUGAGGUGGUGUCUGAGCAGCAGCUGGAGCGCCUGCUGCUCCUGCUUGUGGGAACAGACUUCAACCGGGGGGACAUCUCCUGGGGGGGCGCCUGGGCGCAGUAUUCCCUCACAUGCAUGCUACAGGACAUCCUAGCAGGUGUGUUGGGGUUGCUUUAAGUCUGGUUUGACUUGAUUAAUGAAAGAGUGUAAGAUAAAAAAUGUCUCCUUCAUCCUGUCUCCUGUACAAUGGGAUAUUUAGGGAGUAAGGUCACUUUACCUGAUCCUUUACAUUUUGUUUGUUGAA